AUGGGAUAAUCUACGUCCUCAUAAUCAAAUCCUAUUUCUUCUUCUUUCUUUAAAACUUUCUAAAGCCAAUUCAAACCAAUUGAUUUAAAAAAUGAAUUUAAAACCGGGUAAAUCUACGUCAAUGAUGCCAAUUAAGAGAUGGUUAUUGAAUUCCCUUAUAGAGUUUUUAAUCAUGAAUCCGACGAACCCUGGCUGAAAUUCCAAACCAUGAUCAAAAAAAUUCAAGCCCCCUACAUAAUAGAUUAUUAUGGAAGCAUUGAAAAACAAUCAUCAGAAUUUUGCUCAACUUCUACUGUUAUUUCAAGCUACUUUGAAUACAUUCCCCAAAAUUUAGAAAAGUAAUUCAUUUCGCUAAAUUAGAGAAUUAAAACAUAGAAAACAACAUUCGGAACGGUUUUCUGAAAAGGAAUUAUGGUACUUUCUCUGGUCAAUUGCUAAUGCUCUCUAUGAGUUGAAGCAGAAGGGAUACAACCAUUAAGAUAUUAGACCAGCCACAAUUUCCUUAAAAUCAAAUGGAUAAAUAAAGUUAUAUCCAAUAGGAAUAAUAUUUGAUUAAGAAAAUUCAAUCAAUAAAUUUAUCAACAAUAAAACAGAAACAUAUCUUCCUCCUUCUCUCAAAAAACAACUGCAACAAAAUUAGUAACCCAAAAUUCAGUGGAAUUUAAUUGAUUCUUAUGCUUUGGGAAAAACCUUACUAGAUUUGAUGCAAUUAAAUGAUUAAAAAUAAUUAGAUGAACAACAAAUUAAUGAAUUACAAAAUUAAUGUUAUAAUCAUUACUCUAUCCAAUUGAUUCGAAUCAUGGAGUCAUUAAUGGCAGAGUCAGUAAACUAAUUAACCAUAGAUGAUGUAUAUUAUAUCCUCAAACCAUAUCAAAACAAAAUACUUAAUUUCUAAGACUUUGUUGUUAACUAUGAAGAAGUAAAAUAAAAUGCGCUACCUUUAACUAAUACAUUAAAAUGUAAAUCUGUUAUUGAAAGUUUUUCAUAUCGCUACAGCCAACUUUCCAGUUUUCAGUAACAUUAACGGACUUAAUCAGAAAUCAUUUAUGAAACAUAAUAAUAUUAAUAAAGCCCAAGACAAAUUGAAACAUAAUAAAUCAAAUAGUAAAUAUAAUAUUAAUAAGCCAACAACAUUGAAUCUUAAAGAUUCCAAUAAAAAUUUUAUUCAUAAAAUAAUUACAUAGAACAGAAUAAAUUAGGAAAUUAAUCCAUGUUCUUAUAACAAAAAUCUGAAUAUUAAUUUUAAGAUCCAAAUUUUCCAUAAUAAUAAUUAUAAGUUACCAACUAAUAGCCAAAACUCAUUUAAAAAUUAAUGUUAUAAUCCUAAUUAAUUCCAUCAUCUCAAUAACCAAUACAACAAGAUACCUUCAGUACAACCUAAAUAUCUCCUAACUAUUAAUUAGCGCAAACAUAUAAUUAGACAUCCACUUCAAUUCGAAGCAAUCCAAAUGUUAUUGUAGGCCCAUCUCCUACAAUUCUGAACUAACCAAUAGAUGCUACAAAUGUAUAAACAUUUUAAAAAUAACAAUAAUCCCCACAAAUCCCAUUAUAUCCCACUACUUUAUAGCCUUAGUUACCUAAUAUGUAAAUUCCAAUACAAAGAUAUCCUUCUUAAGUAAUAAAUUUAUGUAUUAUAAAUUCUUAGAAUUAAGCUAAUGAUUUUGUCACUCCAAAAAGAGAAGUUUAAUCUAGAAGUAUACCUUUAGGCGCUCCUAAUUAAAAUAUAAAUGGAGCAAUAUAAACUGUAGACCUCCCAACGAUUCCGAUUCAAUAGUAUAACUUAACAAAUCCUCUUUUAUAUACACCUAAUUAACCAAAUAAUUAAAUGUAAAAUAUAAAUGCUAUGAAUCUACCCCUAAAUCCAAUUACUUAUUCAUAAGUUCCUAAUCCUUAUUAUGUUACACCAAUUUAAGAUCACAACUUAUCAAAUUAACCUUUGAAAGUUUCAAGUUAGUUAUCUUAUUAACCUCAGUAACCUAUGUAAAUCAAAUAAGAUGCAAAUGAGAAUUUUAAACCUUAAUAUAACAAUUUUGAUAGAAUUCGAAAUAUUCUUAAAGACUCAGAAGAUUUAUUGUAAUCAAUAAAUAAAUGAAGAAUAAUAUUUAUUAAUGAAAAUCUAAGAAUUUAUUCAUAUAAAUAAUAUACAUAUAAAUUUACUCAUGAAUCAUUAGGGUUUUGGACAUUUACCAUAUCUUUUAAUGUAAUCAUUGUAUUUUUUUUAACAUUAAAUUGCGGUCCAUUAAAAUGUGUUUAAUUUGUGAUCUCNAAAUAAAAUGCGCUACCUUUAACUAAUACAUUAAAAUGUAAAUCUGUUAUUGAAAGUUUUUCAUAUCGCUACAGCCAACUUUCCAGUUUUCAGUAACAUUAACGGACUUAAUCAGAAAUCAUUUAUGAAACAUAAUAAUAUUAAUAAAGCCCAAGACAAAUUGAAACAUAAUAAAUCAAAUAGUAAAUAUAAUAUUAAUAAGCCAACAACAUUGAAUCUUAAAGAUUCCAAUAAAAAUUUUAUUCAUAAAAUAAUUACAUAGAACAGAAUAAAUUAGGAAAUUAAUCCAUGUUCUUAUAACAAAAAUCUGAAUAUUAAUUUUAAGAUCCAAAUUUUCCAUAAUAAUAAUUAUAAGUUACCAACUAAUAGCCAAAACUCAUUUAAAAAUUAAUGUUAUAAUCCUAAUUAAUUCCAUCAUCUCAAUAACCAAUACAACAAGAUACCUUCAGUACAACCUAAAUAUCUCCUAACUAUUAAUUAGCGCAAACAUAUAAUUAGACAUCCACUUCAAUUCGAAGCAAUCCAAAUGUUAUUGUAGGCCCAUCUCCUACAAUUCUGAACUAACCAAUAGAUGCUACAAAUGUAUAAACAUUUUAAAAAUAACAAUAAUCCCCACAAAUCCCAUUAUAUCCCACUACUUUAUAGCCUUAGUUACCUAAUAUGUAAAUUCCAAUACAAAGAUAUCCUUCUUAAGUAAUAAAUUUAUGUAUUAUAAAUUCUUAGAAUUAAGCUAAUGAUUUUGUCACUCCAAAAAGAGAAGUUUAAUCUAGAAGUAUACCUUUAGGCGCUCCUAAUUAAAAUAUAAAUGGAGCAAUAUAAACUGUAGACCUCCCAACGAUUCCGAUUCAAUAGUAUAACUUAACAAAUCCUCUUUUAUAUACACCUAAUUAACCAAAUAAUUAAAUGUAAAAUAUAAAUGCUAUGAAUCUACCCCUAAAUCCAAUUACUUAUUCAUAAGUUCCUAAUCCUUAUUAUGUUACACCAAUUUAAGAUCACAACUUAUCAAAUUAACCUUUGAAAGUUUCAAGUUAGUUAUCUUAUUAACCUCAGUAACCUAUGUAAAUCAAAUAAGAUGCAAAUGAGAAUUUUAAACCUUAAUAUAACAAUUUUGAUAGAAUUCGAAAUAUUCUUAAAGACUCAGAAGAUUUAUUGUAAUCAAUAAAUAAAUGA